CGCUGCCAACUUCACAAUCGUCGACAAAUGACAGCUCGGAAAAAAAGCUCGUCUCGCCCAACGUCAAAAAUAGUGUGUCUUUUAUUGUUAUUAUUAUUAUUAUUGUUAUUAAUAAUUUACAAAUGAAAAAACAGUGAAAUAAUUCUAAACAAUGGCGUUCUUAGAGUGGCGCCGAUUUAAUUUUUUCGAUCUGAAAAAAGAAGUUGAUUCAGGGAAAAUAGCGCAGGUUCUCGCAGGUUCUCGAAUAACAGCCGCAACAAGUGGAAAUGGAAAUUUAGUUUUUGGAGAUAAUUUUGGAAAUGUCCAUUUAGUUAAUAGAUCAUUUGAAAUUUUGACUUUUCGUGCCUAUGAAACAACUUUAUCUCUUGCUCAACAAGUUCAACAUUCCACAUUUCUCUUUACAAUUGGCGAAGAUGAACCAGGUUGUAAUCCAACAAUAAAAGUAUGGAAUUUAGCAAAAAAAGAUAAACAAGGUUUUCCAACUUGUGUGAGAAUAAGCCGUGCAAUUCCAAGUUAUCGUGCCGUUCCAGUGAGUUCAUUGUGCGUUCAUUCAAGUCUCACAUUUAUGGCCGUUGGAUUUGAAGAUGGAUCAAUUAUGCUUUACAGAGGUGAUUUAACGCGUGAGCGUAAAAAUAAAAUACGCGUUUUGAAAGAUACAAACACAUCGAUAACGGGAUUAGCAAUAAAAUUAAUGGGAAAACAAAAUUAUUUAUUUGUCGUUACAACGAGCAGUGUUUUUCUUUAUAAUAUCACUAUUAAAGAUAAAGAAAUUAAAUCAACAUUGGACAGUAUGGGCUGCGCGAGAAAAUGUAGUAUUCUCGCUGAAUCAAAGCAGGACAGUCAUUUUAUGAUUGGACGAACCGAGGCAAUUUAUUGUUAUACGCCCGAUGGUCGUGGACCUUGUUAUGCCGUUGAGGGACAAAAAAUAAUGUUGGAAUGGUUUCGAAGUUAUUUGGUAAUUAUUGCAAAAGAAGCGGCAAAUGUUCCAAGAACAUCGACGACAAUUUCUGCAAAGCCAAGUACAAUAGAACCAAUUCCACCUGGAGCUGAUAAACACAUGAUAACUGUUCUUGAUAUACAAAAUAAAUUUAUUGUAUUUUCGGCGUCAAUGCUCUCGGUUCAGGCAGUUUUAUCCGAAUGGGGAGGAUUUUUUAUUCUCAGCGGUGACAAUAAACUUUAUCAUUUAGACGAAAAGGAUUUACAAUCAAAACUUUCGCUUCUUUUUAAAAAAAAUCUUUACGAUGUUUCCAUACGAAUAGCGAAAAAUCAACAUUACGACGCUGAAGGAUUGGUGGACAUAUUCCGUCAAUAUGGCGAUCAUCUUUAUUCAAAAGGCGAUCAUAAUGGAGCAAUUGAACAAUAUAUAAAAACAAUUGGCCGUCUUGAGCCAUCGUAUGUGAUAAGAAAAUUUUUAGAUUCACAGCAUAUUGAUAAUUUAACGACAUAUUUGCAAGCCCUUCAUAAACAAGGACAAGCAACUGAGGAUCAUACAACAUUAUUGUUGAAUUGUUAUACAAAACUCAAUCAUACCGAUAAAUUAAAGGAAUUUAUUAUGACAAAAGAUCGUGAAGUUGAUUUCGAUGUUGAAAUUGCAAUAAAAGUUUGUCGUCAAGCAUCGUCGGAAGAUGCUUUAUUAUUGGCGCAAAAACACUUGAAACACGAAUGGUAUUUGAGAAUUCAAAUAGAGGACAAGGCUGAAUAUAAAAAAGCAUUAGAAUAUAUGUCAACAUUAAACUUUGAUGAGGCCGAAUUAAAUAUGAAAAAAUAUGGAAAUAUUUUAAUUGAUAACGUUCCAAAUGAGGCGACACAAUUUUUAAAAUCCCUUUGUACUAAUUAUAAAUCAUCAAAUAAAAUUCAGGACAAGAUUAGUAUAGAUUCCAUGGAGCAUGUUGAUAGAGCAAAUCCAGAGGAUUUUAUUCAUCUUUUUCUAAAUAAUUCCGAGCGUCUUGUUGAAUUUUUGGAGCAUUUGGUCAAGAAUGAUGGCAAAUGGAGCACACUUGUUUAUAAUACAUUAGUGGAACAUUAUUUACACGUAUGGUCAGCGUUAAAUGAUGAAAUUUCAAAAUUACAAUAUGAACAAAAAGUCGUUCGUUUAUUGCAAAAUUCAAAUGCCUGCUACGAUAAGGAUCAAAUUUUAAUUCUUUGUCAUCAACAUAAUUUUCGACGAGGAAUACUUUAUCUCUACGAGGAACGAAAAUUAUAUCAAGAAGUGCUUCAAUAUCAUUUGAGAGAAGGUGACAGUGAACAAGUUUUAUCAACUUGUAAUAGAUUUGGUCGUCAGGAUCCAAAUUUAUGGGUACAAGCCUUAUGGAGUGUGGCGAGAAAUAAAAAAGCUCCUCCAAAAUUACUGGCCGAUAUUCUCGAACACAUUGCUGAAGAAAAAUUAAUGUCACCAUUGAUGGUUAUCGAUGCACUUUCAACAUCGUUGACAUGUUCAUUGGGCGAUGUUCGUCCAUAUUUAAGCAGUGUUUUACGUACUGAACAUGAACAAACUCAAGCCGAUACAAAAUUAACGGAAAAAUAUCGACUCGACACUGAGGAAUUAAAACAGGAAAUUGACAAAAUUAAAAGCAGUACAAUUAUAUUUCAAAGUUCAAGAUGCAGCGCAUGUAAUCAAGAUCUUGAAUUGCCAUCCGUUCAUUUUAUGUGCCAGCAUUCGUAUCAUCAACAUUGCUUUCAAAGCUUCUCCGAGAAUGAAAAUGAAUGUCCAGCUUGUUUGCCGGACAAUAAAAAAUGGUUGGAUAUAAUAAAAGCUCAGGAGCAAUCACGCGAUCUUCAUGAGACAUUUCACAGUCUAUUGGAUCGUGCUGAGGAUCCAUUUUCAUUGGUUGCCGAUUAUUUUGGACGUGGUGUUUUUAAAAAAUUAACCGUCAUUACGGCAGAUGAGAAAACAAAUUUUCAAUUAGUUGAAGAAAAAAUAAAUCCCUAUGAUAUUUAUGGACCUGGAGCCGAGGCUAAAAUACGUUUAAAUGAGGGAAAAAAUUCAACACUUGUAAAAUCAGAAAAUCGACGAAUUGUCGAUAAUAAUGAUUAUUUACGUGCAAUGACAAAACCGGAUAUUUAUUCAUCGUCAUUGGAGGCAAAUAUAAGUGGAAGUGGUGGAAUGUCGUCAUCAUUAAAAGCAUCGCCAAUACAAAUACGUGAGGCAAAAAUAAUGAAUAGUACAUCGCCAAAAUUGUCGCCAGUUCAAAAAAAUUUUAUACCACCAAAAACACCGCUUAUACCAUCAAAUAAUCCAUUUAAAGAUGACGAUUAUGAUGAGGCAAAAAAUCCCUUCGCUGAAGAUGAUGGCGAUGAUAAAAAUCCAUUUAAAAACGAUAUUGAUGAUGAUUAUGAUAAAAAUUUAAAUCCAUUUGCCAGUUAAGGGGAUUUUUUUUUUUAAAUACUAUAUAUAGUAAUAUAUUACUAUUAUUAAUAGGUUAGUAUUUAGCUUUUAAAAAAAAAAUAUUUUUUAAUUUGUAAAUAUUUUAAUGAAUAAUAUGUAUAUGAAAUAUUGUAUAAAGCUUAUAAAAAAAAAUUAUGAAUUUA